AUGGAGCCGCUGCUGCGGGUCAGCGGGGAGGGAAAUGAGCCCCGCAGCGGCAUCAUCCGCUCCCCGUCCUGCCGGGAGAUCCCAGCCUUUCAUAGUUACCUUUAUAUUAUUAUUAUUAUUAUUAUUAAGGGAAAAUGUCCUGAAGAUGGAUGGGAUGAAAGCACCAUUGAACUGUUUCUUCAUGAACUUGCUAUAAUGGAUAGCAAUAACUUUCUGGGCAACUGUGGUGUGGGUGAGAGGGAAGGAAGAGUGGCAUCAGGACUCGUUGCCCGAAGGCAUUACAGGUUGAUCCAUGGAAUUGGAAGGUCAGGUGAUAUUUCUGCAGUCCAGCCUAAAGCAGCAGGGUCUAGCCUUUUGAACAAACUUACUAAUUCAGUAGUUCUGGAUAUUAUAAAGCUGGCUGGUGUCCGGACAGUGACCAAUUGCUUUGUGGUUCCUAUGGCAACUGGCAUGAGUUUAACUCUCUGUUUUUUAACAUUGAGGCACAAGAGACCAAAGGCAAAAUACAUUAUCUGGCCACGUAUAGACCAGAAAUCUUGCUUUAAAUCAAUGAUAACUGCAGGUUUUGAGCCUGCGGUGAUAGAAAAUGUAUUAGAAGGCGAUGAGCUACGGACAGAUGUUGAAGCAGUGGAGGCUAAAAUCAAGGCUCUUGGUGCUGAAAAUAUUCUUUGUGUGCAUUCUACAACAUCUUGCUUUGCUCCAAGAGUACCUGACAGACUGGAGGAACUGGCUGUGAUUUGUGCUAAUUAUGACAUUCCCCAUAUUGUCAACAAUGCGUAUGGAGUUCAGUCUUCAAAAUGUAUGCAUCUUAUCCAGCAGGGUGCUCGAGUAGGCAGAAUAGAUGCUUUUGUUCAGAGCUUGGACAAAAAUUUUAUGGUUCCAGUAGGUGGUGCUAUCAUUGCUGGCUUCAAUGAGUCCUUCAUACAGGAGAUCAGCAAAAUGUAUCCAGGAAGAGCAUCUGCAUCUCCUUCUUUAGAUGUCCUCAUUACGCUUCUGUCUCUAGGUACCAGUGGCUACAAACAGUUACUGAAAGAGAGAAAGGAGAUGUUUUUCUAUCUUUCAAGUGAGCUGAAGAAACUGGCAGAUAUCCACAAUGAGAGACUGUUAGAUACACCACAUAAUCCCAUUUCCUUAGCCAUGUCACUGAAGAAUCUAGAUGAAAAUAAUGAUGCUGCUGUUACCCAGCUUGGAUCUAUGCUUUUCACAAGACAAGUUUCUGGAGCAAGGGUUGUUCCCUGUGGGUCUGUACAAACAGUGAAUAACUACACUUUUAAAGGCUUUAUGUCACAUGCAAAUGACUAUCCCUGUGCUUACCUCAAUGCUGCCUCAGCAAUUGGAAUUAAAAAACAAGAUGUAGAUGUAUUCCUAAAGAGACUCGACAAGUGUUUGAAGACUUCUAGAAAAGAAGCAAAGAAAGAAAAAAGUGUAAAUGAAAUAAGUAAUUCUAAUGCAGGCACAGAACAACUUGAAGACUAGAAGAUACAGAUUUAGUAACACAGGAACAUACACAUUUGCUUGAAGUAUGUCAGGUUUGUAUUGGGUUAGCAUUGUGAAUAUGCAAUGGAGAAAAUUUAUUCCUGAUCUGAAAACAACAACAACAAAAAAAAAACCUUGGGUGAAAUUCAGCUUUAAAGAAAGUAGGUGA